AUGUCCAGAAGAAGAGCAUAUCCACAACCCCAGUAUGCUGCAAGUCCGCAACCAGCCGCUCCGCAGUAUAAUGGUGGCUAUGGGGUUGACCAAUUGAACCAAAAUUUCAACGCCAUGAACCUCCAGACUCAGGCGCCAAACGCCGCUGCUGAAGCGCCAGCGUAUGGUCAAAACGGUCAACAGGCGUAUGGGCAACAGGCGUAUGGAAAUUAUGGCCAACCUCAGGGCUAUGGCCAGCCGGCAGCACAGCCAGCUCAAAAUGGUCAAUAUGCUCAGCCAAACCAAUAUGUGAAUCCACAGGCACAACAGGGCCAAUAUGGUAGCCAAAAUGGCCAGUACGGUGGUCAAUACCAAGCGCAGCCCUCCUACGGAUUUGGCGAGGCUACACAAGCUUUACCUUUGAACCAGUUGUACACUACAGACUUAUUUAAAGAGUUGCCUCCAUCCAUCAGUGAUUUGGCUUUACCUCCACCACCAAUGAUCUUACCAGGUAAUUCUCAGCUUGUUCCAACAUCAGAGACUGCCAAUGCAUCUCCUGAAUACUUCCGGUCGACAUUGAACGUGGUUCCAACCAACAACUCUCUUUUGAAAAAAUCGAAGUUGCCUUUGGCUUUGGUUGUUCGGCCAUACACCACGUUGCACGAUGCCACAGAGCCUGUACCUGUGACCAAGGACACAACUAUCUCGCGUUGUCGCCGUUGUCGUGGCUAUAUCAACCCAUUUAUUACUUUGACAGAAGGUGGGAAAAGAUGGAGAUGUAACUUCUGUGGCUUGCAGAACGAUAUCCCAGCAGCGUUUGAUUACGAUGAAAUCUCACAGAAAGCAGCAAAUCGUUACGAACGUGUUGAAUUGAACCAUUCUGUGGUAGAGUUCGUUGCUCCUAAAGAAUAUAUGGCACGGACUCCACAACCCAUUGUGUACACUUUCAUCAUCGACGUUUCUGCAGAUGCUAUCAACUCUGGAAUGACCUCUACGGUUGCCAGAACAAUUUUGGAGAGCUUGGACCGUAUUCCAAACAGAAACAAGACUGCACGUAUUUCCAUCAUUGGUGUGGACUCCAACUUGCACUACUUCAGAUUCAAAGAGGGCGUGGAGGAUUCACCUGACAUGUUGGUUGUGUCUGACAUUGAUGAGCCAUUUUUGCCCUCUCCAGAAGGCUUGUUAAUUAACUUGGAAGAGAAUAGAAAGUCCAUUGAAAAGUUGUUGCUUGACUUUGCCUCUUAUUUCGAGGGCACUGCAAACAAACACUUUGCCUUGGGCCCAGCAUUGCGUGCAGGGCACAAGAUGAUUGCCAGUAUUGGUGGAAAGUUGAUUGUGUUCGCCUCUAGUUUGCCAAGUAUCGGUGAAGGUAAGUUGGCUGUUAGAGACGAGGCAGCACACUCAGGCAAACCAAAGGAAUCUCAAAUGCUUUUGAAUGCUGCAGACAAGUUUUACAAGUCUUUUGCAGUCGAAUGUAACUCGGCUCAAGUAACUAUUGAUUUGUUCUUGACUGGCUCAAAGUACCAAGAUGUGGCAACCUUGUCCAACUUGCCGCGUUUCACUGCUGGUCAGACACACUUUUACCCUUCGUGGGUCUGUACAAAGAUCGAGGAUGUCAACAAAUUGUCGAAGGAGAUCAGCGAGCACUUAUCUAUGGACAUUGCCUUGGAAGCUGUCUUGCGUGUGAGAUGUUCGACUGGUUUUAGAAUGAGCGGCUUUUUCGGUAACUUCUUCAACAGAUCAUCUGACUUGUGCUCUUUCCCAACUUUCCCAAGAGACCAGAGUUAUGUCAUUGAGGUCUCAAUCGAGGAAAAUGUCGUGAAGCCUGUGGUUUAUUUCCAAGCUGCGGUGCUACAUUCCACCUGCUUCGGUGAAAGAAGAAUCAGAGUGAUGAACUUGGCUAUCCCUACGUCCGCGAAGUUAGAUGACAUUUACGCAUCUGCUGAUCAAUUGGCCAUCACGAACUACUUCACUCACCGUGCCAUAGAAAAGGCCUUGGCUGGAUCCUUAGCUGAUGGAAGAGAAUUCUUAAUCAAAUCUGUUGUUGACAUUUUGAAUGUCUACCGCAAGGAUUUGGUCCCAGGAAACGUCACUGGCUCCUCCCCAUUACAAAUUUCGACGAACAUGAGAAUGCUUCCUUUGUUGUUAUUCUCUUUGACUAAACACUUAGGUUUCAGAGAGCAACGUGUUCCAGCUGAUCACAGAGCUAUUGCAUUGAAUAACUUAGGUUCUUUGCCACUCAACCAGUUAAUCAAGUCCAUCUACCCAACCGUGUACUCAUUGCACAACAUGCCCGAUGAGUGUGGCUUACCUGAAGAGACUGUGCAAGUGAACGAGGAGACCGGAGAAGAGGAAACCAUUACAUCGCCAGAGAUUUUGUUACCUGAGCCAAUCAAUGAUACAAAAGCAUCCUGGGAGAACUACGGCUUGUAUUUGAUCGACAAUGGCUCCGAAUUGUUCUUAUGGGUUAGUGGUGACGUUGUGCCUGGGUUAGUUUACGACUUGUUCGGAACCGAAAACUUGUACUCUGUGCAAACAGGCAAGACGGAAUUACCAGAAUUCUCGUUUGAGGAAUCUGAAUUCAACUAUAAAGUUCGCCAGAUCAUUGGGAAGAUCCGGGAACAGAAAGACUCGAUCAUCUGGAAGAGUUUGUAUGUGAUUAUUGGCGGAUCGUCCAACGAGCCUAUUGAGAUGACGCAACAACGCGAUUUGAUGGCAUUGCGGUUGUGGGCAAUGAGCUGUUUGGUGGAGGACAAGACACAGCUCGAGCAAGGUUACAGGGAUUUCUUGACCUCGUUGAGAGGCAGAGUCACUGUUUAG